AUGACUGCGUACCGAUGAUGCUCCAUUUCUAGAGCAUUUUGCUUGGCACACCCCGUGGGGAUCGUCGUCGUUCAGUGUGCUUAGGGUCGGUCGAGAACUUUAACUUUUUCGGUUUCGAGUAGUUUUUGUGUGGAAGUGACAAAACGGGAUUUCGGUCACCGGUGACCCGUGUUCGGAGUUUUAAAAUGCUGAUGUGAUUAUGACAGUUGAGCCGAAAUUUUGUGGCUGAAAUCGUUAUAUUGUGGUUUGAAGGAUUAGGCGGAAGAAAGUUCGAGUGUGUGUGAAUAUUGAAAGAAGAUUAUCAAUAUGAGAUAGGUCAAAUGUCAAGAGCAAAAGUGGUUCACGAAGCAUAAAAUCAAGUUAACCCGUGAAUACCCAGGACGGAUAAAGGAUUCUCAACUCUGGCCCGGUCGGUAUACACCUGUUAGGUGAAUAUUAACUUCAUCCCCUGCCUGCCGCCUCCUGGUGGAUAGUUUGGUUUAAGUGCACAUUAAGCAAAGUUGUUAGCUAAACAAUCCCGGUGCAAACUACACUGGAGGAUUGCAACCAUGCAUGCAUGCACUAUUGCAUACUCGAAAGAGUGAAGAAUAAACACCUCCGAGCCUUGUUCGAAGCAGCAGACUGCAGUCAGUAGUGCAGUGCACAAAGCGCAUCAUCACCUUCUUCUGCAUCCACAAACAUCGAGUUCACAGAAAAGCGCACUUCAGAGUGCUAGGCUGGUUCAGAACACACGAGUACCGCGCAUCUGACACGAUAGUUUCAACAACAGUGGCAAACUGCAACCGUUACAAGAGAACUCUAUUCAGUAAGGAUUAGUUUAACCCUUUGAGUUUAGAGAGGCUCGCCAAAACAACCACUAGAAUAGGAGGUGCUGCUGCUCAGGAUUUACUCGAGUGUGUGUUCGCGACAAGUGCUGGUGACGUUCCUGCCUCUAAUACCUUGGUUGCCCUCUCCCUACAAAAAGACCACCAAGAAAACAGCUUAAGGGUGAAGAAAAGUAUCAUCACCAGUACCAAGUGUUGCUCCUCCUGCAGUCUGAACAGACGGUGUUUGUUUCCGUAGUGCACUUGCCACACUGAAGAAAGAUGCCAGGGGUGGUGUUCCUGGUUAGUGUGCCAACGGCAAAUUAUGAACGAGCUCUAAUUAACGGACUCGAUUACGGCAACAGCGAACUGCUGCCACCGGCUUCACCUCCGAUUCCGCCCCAUCAUCAAUCCAGUCCCGGACGCAAUCUGAACAUCAACGUUCCGGAAAAUGCAGUUCAAUCGGCUUCAGCGAACGAAACAGCGGUGAAUGCCAUCUUGCGGUUGGAGGUUGAACUACGCGAUAAGCACGCGCUGCACAAUAAUCGAAGGCCGGCGAAGGCACCUCGUUCCCUUCCGCCACCACCACCGGCCUACGGGAAGAUCAUGGGAGGCGGUGGGGUCAAGCAGCGCAACGACGAGUGCUUUGUGCCGAUGGAAAAGGUUCUUGACGAGUUGCUGAAAAAGCUGGAGAUUGAGCACGUGCUGUGGCAAGCGGACCGAGUCGGUCACUAUUAUCAGGUGCUGUUCCCGUUGCCAGCCGGCGAUCCAUGCGAAACCACUCUUCACUGUUUGACCGAGCUGGGCAUCGGAGUACGGGCCAACUCGACCGUCAGUGUCCUUCCGUGCAGUGUCAGCUACGAUGGUGCCACACUUGACAGCGACGGGAACGAUGAUGAAUAUGGCGACGAUGCAGGCGAGGAAAACUCCAAAUGGAACAACUUUGUCGACUCGAUCCGGUCGAAGCUGACGGUGAAACAGGUGGUCGACGGGGUUCGAGCCGGGGGUUCGUUAUCGUUCGACUAUCUGCUGCUUAUCGUUACGGCCGACUCGCUGGCUGCCCUCGGACUGGUAGAAAACAAUGCACCGAACAUCGUUGCUGCCAUGUUGGUUUCACCUCUGAUGGGCCCGGUAAUGUCGAUUACCUUCGGAACAAUAAUUGCCGACCGGGAACUGGUGAAAGUUGGCUUCAUAUCGCUCGCACUGGGAAUGUUCAUCUCGAUUCUGUUUGGCUUCAUUUUCGGACUGAUUCUGGGCACCACCGAGAUGCCGUGGGGAUUCGGAGACUUUCCCACCGAGGAGAUGAAAGGGCGUGGAAACGCCCGCUCACUGUGGAUGGGAAUCCUUUGGGCACUGACUUCGGGCAGUGGCGUUGCUGUGGCAUUACUUCAAGGUUCGGCCGGACCACUGAUUGGUGUGGCAAUUUCCGCCUCACUGCUUCCACCGGUUGUUAAUUGUGGUCUUUUCUGGGCACUGGCCUGCAUUUGGUUAAUCUACGAGGACAUCAAAAUUCCACAUCUGAAAGGCGAAGCUUAUACCGGAAACUCGAGUUACGAAUUUGUGUACACCAAUUACAUCCCGACGGAAUUCCUCAUCAACGGUAUCGUAUCUGGGCUGCUCACGGUCAUUAACGUUAUUUGCAUCUUUAUUACGGCCAUCAUUGUACUGAAGAUAAAGGAGGUUGCUGCCCCAUACACUUCCAGUCCCGACCUGCGCAGAUUCUGGGAAACGGAUAUCCGCACCGCUCGGACUGCCAAUCGAACCACUAUCAGGAGGAAACAAACCAGCGAGGCGGAUGCCAUGUCGACCUAUGCCGAAGUGGAAAACCAUCCGAAGGCACGUGGAUUGGAAACGGCUCUGGAGCAGGCACUGAAGGAAGCCGUAGACGAUGACACCUACCGAAAGGUGAAACGGAUGAGUUAUUCGGGCAACGCCGCCAGUGAGAUCGCUGAACGCCUCUUUGGUCUAUCAGGAACCAGUUCUAAUAAUGGAAACAACAAUCUACCGCAAAGCUCCAGCUCUAUUCGAAACUCGAAGAAUACAGCAGACUUUAAACUUCUGGAAAAAUUGGUCACGUCUCUGCUAGAGUCGCAGGACUCAUCAACUAGUGGCAACCGAGGAUCGAUGAUGCAACGUUUGCGACCCAUGUCCCGUUCGUUCCGGCUGCCAAGUUCUAUCCGGAAGAAGGACUCCCAAGGUGGCAAUACCAGUUCGGUAGGACCAAUGCCAACGAUUCGCGAAUCGGGAGGAAGCGGUCAUCGAACGAACUCCUGGAGUGAUCGAAACAGUAACGUUAGGCGAGUGCUGAACUCAAUUGCCAACGCUCCUCAUCGUUUGAGUCAAUCGUUAUCUUCUGACGGAAGGGAUGACGAGGAGAGAAGUAAUCUUACGCAAAAUAUUCUAUGAAAAAACCAGUAACAUAAUAACGUCUAUAAUCAACUAUUUGGUGGAUGGGAAAACUGUAUCUUUACAAUAAAUAAUAUUUCUUCAAGGA